GGAAAUAUUGACUUAACACUAUGACAGCCAUUAUGCAUCAAUGUAUUAGUUUUCUAGGGGUAUUUGGGGGGUACAAAAUCGUGUUUUCUCGAAUUAUCAAGAUAAUGCGCAACCGCUUCUUUCGCCUCCUAACUCUCAACAUCGAUGUUGUAUUAACGGAUGGAGGCAAAUUGUGCAGAUGGUAUUUAUUCUGUGACAUAUUUUUCACGGUAGAGUAAUGUAGUAGUCGUUAUCACGGACAAAAACGCAGUCUACCAAGAUGAGAAUUUAGCCAUCCAACCUUUCCUUCCUUGAGUUAGACUGGCCGCCGGGAACAAAGAAGUAAUUCCGGCAGUAAUUUUUUAAGUGGGGGGUACCUGUCUGUAAAAGUCUUAUUUCAGCUUCCGUAAUGGGGUUUCAAAGGAACGUAGUACAAACAAUGCUUAAUUCAUUUGUAAGCUGCUUUUGAUGUUCCUGGCCCUGGAAGCUCUUUCUUUUCUUUUACCAUAGUACAAAAUGGCGCCAAAAGUCCCUGUUCAUCCAGUAUAUGCUGCUUACUUUGAAAAGUCAAAGCAAGCUCCAAAGGCACGCGAUGGCACUAUUACACUCGAAAAGAUGCGUGAGCUGGCCAACGGUCGCUUAAAGGGCUUGAACCUCGCUCUGCCUGACGUGAUCGAACAAGACAAGACAGUGACCCAUGAUGGCACUGAGAUUCGAUUGACACUCUUUCGUCCUCCUGGAACCGAGAAUGACGUGCUUCCAGUCGUCGUUUACUACCACGGCGGCGGUUGGGUUUUUGGUUCGAAGCAUACCCACGGAAAAGUCAUUCGCGACAUUUGUGUCAAGAACCACGUUGCACUUGUGUUUGUUGAUUACCCGCUUGCUCCCGAAGUCAAGUUCCCUACCAUUCACGAAGUUUCAUACAGUGCACUAAGCUGGGUGGUCGAGAAUGGAGCUUCUAUUAAGGUUGACCUUAGCAAGCUUGCCAUCUGUGGUGAUUCAGCUGGUGGUAAUUUGUCGGCAUCGUUAGCACUCAUGGCCAAGGAACGUGGUCUUGGAAACGCUAUCAAGGCUCAGAUUUUAAUUUAUCCAUCGGCUGCUCCCACCCGCGAACCUUAUGAGUCUUACAAGCUAUUUGGCGGUGGCGACUAUAGCCUGUCGCUCGCUGAUAUUGAUUUCUUUGGAAAGGCUUAUUAUACCGGAGAGAAAAACAAAAUUGGCUUUCCAUUGAUGGCGACACAAGAGGAUAUGAAAGACCUUCCACCUGCACUUGUGCUUGUCGCAGAGGCAGAUGUGCUACGUGAUGAAGGUGAAGAGUAUGCCCGACGAUUGACCGAAGCUGGUGUCGCUACUGCUGCCGUUCGUGUGAUUGGUGCCAUUCACGGAUACGUUACUGUCCCUGUUGAAACCCCGGCUUACAAACAAACUAUGGCAAUGAUCACGGCUCAUCUGACUGAAGCGUUCGAACGAACUUAACUUACAGGCUGCAGGACAAGUUGUAUUUUUAUUACUGGUAGAAUAAAUGAUGUCAAAUACCACAAUCUACAAAGGACAGACUACAACCGAGAUUUCAUUUCCC